CCAAGCAGCAGCCUAAUCUGCGUCAGCAGUAAUUGUGAGCUUUGCAUGGCUUUUACAACGAGGGUGAGUGCAAACGAUACAUCAAUAUGUGAAUCUCAAGCCGAGACUUAAAUGUUCUCUCUAAGUGGCUGCUCUUUCCAGGACUAAAGGUUAACUUGUUCAUUCUCUGUGGAGAGAUAUUUUGGGGGGAGUGGGGGAUAAGAAUGGAACAGUCUUGUUUCAUAUUUUGUCCUACCUAAAGAGGGUGGAUUUGUUCAGAUUCUACACACCCACACCCACACCCACACUGGAUUAUUUUGCUGGUCAGACUUCUGUGUAGCCAAGAGAAAAGAGAGAGAAUCUGUCGUCUGUAUAGGAGGUUUUAAUGAGCAGCUGCGCCCCUGGGGACUGCAAGCUGGAGUCGAAGGCUGCUGCUUUCCGGUCUCUUGCCAUUUCUUCACUUGUUCCCCUGCCUCUAUUUUUUUCCCAACGGGCCUAAGGAAAGCAAAAAAGGGAACUGUCCAAGGUGCUAGAAUGCUGGCUGCUCAGCUACUGAAUGCAAAUGGAUUGCAGGAAAAGUGAAGCCUCAGAUUACUGCUCAAAGCCGAAGGUAGGCUUGCUCUUUGUUUGAGAAUCCCUGAUUAAUCAACAACAGCAUCAACAGAAAGGGAGAGAGAGAGAGAGAGAGACAGCGAGAAGGCGGAGGGGGGGCAGAGGGGAAGAGCGCAAGAAAGACUGUUUUACAACCUUCCGUGUUUAGAUGGCAACAAGGACUGCUUUUCCAACUGCACGAAGCCAUUUGGAUACAAUGCUUUCUAUCCAUUCUUUUUCUUUCUCUUGGUCUCCACAGCAUCCACUCCAAUGAGGCACCUUAACCCCCUCUCUAUCAUCACAUAUGCUGGUGCUGUAAUCUUCUGUGUGGUGAAGUGGGCAAAAAACCCUCCCAUUUCAUUUCUUUUGGACUUCAAAGCAGGGUACCACUGGUGCCCCCUGAUACCUUAACUGUCCUUUCUUUCAAGGUGGAUUUAAGAUGCCAGAUCCUCUCUCUUCCCAAUACUGUAUUUUUGAAAGUCAAACUUUAAAAGCCUUUUUUUAAUCCUGUAUGGAGAAGACCUGUAUUUUGAAUUGAACAUACUGACUUCUGGAGAUGCAGAAUGCUACAAUUUGGAUAUCUUUGCCAAGGAGAUCUCAAGCACUUUAACUGAAGAAAAACUGAGCCAGUUUGCAAAAUCUGUUGUUGUUGUUUUUAAUGGUGCUGAAAUAUCCCUUCAGACUGCACUGAGCUAAAUCAUAAGAAAGGGCUUUUACAGAUAAAAGUCACCUUUAAUUAUUGCACUUAGCAGUCCCCCAAGGACUUUAAUCUUGGAAGUAUUUCCCACAAGAUGAUGAAUUCUAAUCAGGAGGAGGUCACUUUGGGCACUUUUCUCCAGUACAUUGAAGAUAUGGGCCUGAAGGCCUAUGAUGGCUUAGUUAUACAGAAUGCAUCUGACAUUGCUCGGGAGAAUGAUCGCAUGAGAAAUGAAACCAACCUGGCUUACUUGAAAGAAAAGAAUGAAAAGCGCCGGAAACAAGAAGAAGCAAUAAAACGCUUAGGUGGUGAAGUGGGAAAAGCAAACGAGGGAAGCUACAUAGGCAAACAUUUUCGUAUGGGAUUUAUGACGAUGCCUGCACCUCAGGACAGACUGCCCCACCCUUGUUCAAGUGGCUUUACCGUAAGAUCCCAAUCGCUUCAUUCUGUUGGAGGCACUGAUGACGAUAGCAGUAGCUGCUCCCGGAAGCAACCACCACCAAAACCCAAACGAGAUCCCAGUACCAAACUAAGCACAUCCUCUGAAACUGUAAAUGCUGGAACAACAAGUAAGAGUGCAAAGCUGCCAGACAGGACUGAAGUAUCCACCAAGCCAAGGCCUCACAGUGAUGAAUACACAAAGAAGGUUCCUCCCCCAAAGCCAAAGCGGAAUCCAAACACUCAACUAAGUGCAUCUUUUGAUGAAACGUAUAUCAAAAAGCAUGGCUCCAUAAAGUCUGUGCUAAGUAGAGAUGCUUCUUUGACCCAAGUCAGCAGUCCUGCUCUAGAUACAGAGGAAGAAGAGCCAGUUUAUAUUGAAAUGGUUGGAAAUAUAUUAAGAGACUUCAAAAAAGACGAGGAAGAUCAAAAUGAGGCAGUAUAUGAAGAAAUGAAAUACCCCAUCUUUGAGGAUGGAGGCCAAGAUUCAAAGUGUCCAUGUGAGUUUGACCAUCAUAGCUGUUCCUCUCAGUGUGCUACUCCCACAGUGCCUGACCUUGAUUUCACCAAGUCCUCAGUGCCAUCCACUCCCAAAGGUGUGAUUUGUGAUAUCCCACCACCAUUUCCAAAUUUGCUUUCUCAUAGACCACCGCUCUUGGUAUUCCCACCUGCACCAGUACAAUGUUCCCCAAAUUCUGACGAAUCUCCUUUAACACCUUUGGAAGUCACAAAGCUUCCCGUAUUAGAAAAUGUGUGUUAUAUUAAACAGCAAAGUGGAGCUUCUCCAUCCUCACUGCCACCUCAUACUCCAAGUCAUCAAAAACUAGAGAAAGAUCAGACAGCUUCCCAUGGAACUACUACUCAAGGGCACUCCUCUUCACCUCCACAUCCUUCUACCCUAUACAGAACACAGUCUCCCCAUGGCUAUUCAAAAAGCCAUUCAGCCUCUCCCUCUCCUGUGAGUAUGGGUCGGUCACUUACUCCUUUAAGUCUCAAAAGACCUCCUCCUUAUGAUUCUGUACAUUCAGGAAGUCUCUCAAGAAGUUCUCCAUCAGUGCCUCAUUCUACUGCCAGAAACAUAUUGCAAGAAGGAGGGAAAACGGUAAAUGCCUCUGUCAAUACCUACGGGUCAUCAUCACAGAGUACUUCACGUUCUAGAACACCAACUAGUCCUCUGGAGGAAUUAACCAGCCUUUUUACCUCAGGACGAAGCUUACUGAGGAAAUCUUCCAGUGGAAGAAAAUCUAAAGAGCCUGCAGAAAAACCGUUAGAGGAACUAAAGAUCAGAAGUCACAGUACCGAACCAUUACCAAAGCUGGAAAACAAAGAAAAAGGAGGUCAUCAUGGGUCAUCUUCCAGAGAGCCAAUAAAAGCUCAGGAAUGGGAUGGAACACCAGGACCAUCACUUGUGUCUAACCGACUUGGAAGGUCUUCUGUUAGUCCAACCAUGUUGGCAGGAAAUAAUAGUUCAGAACCGAAAUCAAGCUGCAGAUUAGGGAGAUCUGCUUCCACAUCAGGUGUUCCUCCUCCCUGUGUUCCUCCUCUCAGGCAAGCCAGUGAACUGCAACCGAGCCAGGUGACAUGCAUGCAGUGGUUGCAUGGAGACCAUACAAUGCUGGAAAUGAUUGAGAAAAAACGUUGCCUGUGCAAAGAAAUCAAGGCACGACAGAAAUCCGAGAAAGGACUUUGCAAACAAGACAGCAUGCCUAUCUUGCCAAGUUGGAAAAAAAGCACAGGAACCAAGAAAUACAGCCCUCCUCCAUAUUCCAAGCAACAAACUGUUUUCUGGGAUACUGCAAUAUGAUAUGUCCAUGGGGAUUAUCUUCCAUACAUUCCUGAAGACUGCACUGUCAGACUACCUUUCUAGAAAGGUAGUUGCUAGAAUCUAAAUUCUGGUGAAGAACUACCUAGGGAGAAAGAUUACUAAAAUGGAACCCUCCAUCAGACUCCAGUCUAUGUCUCCCACAGAAAUGAAGGCAUGCACCUUUUCUGAGGAUUCUUUUGGACCAAGAAAAAGAGUAAGAUGUAAAUAUUUUCCAUAUCUCUUUAAAAGAAAACCCAAGUUAAUACACUUUUUCAAAUAUAAUGCAAAUAUGUAUGAAACGUUUUAACUGUGUACACUUUUAACUUUUUUCUGUGUUACAUAUAUGUUUUUAUUUUCUCAUCUGGCCAAUUUAAUCUCUUUACAAAAGCAUGUGGAUGUACAUUUUUGGUUUAACAGUAAAAUAUUCAACUCAAACUGGUGCUAGGGCUGAAGUCAUUAAAUAAAGAUUCACAUAGAUUCAUUAGAUGCAUUUUCUAUAAAAAGUCUUAGAAUCUAAGUGCAAAUAAUGCAGGUAAAACAGUAUUUGCUUGAAUGCUCAAUGUGUUUAUUCUGCACUUUUUUUUAAAAAAAAGGGCGUUCAUUAGUAUACAAAAUGUCAAUUACAGAUUUCAUAAAUAUUAAUUUAUUUGGAAAGAUGAGCAAAAUCACUUACACCAGCCUCCCUCAUAUGGCUGGAGAAUUGAUUGUGGUGUUUGAUGGAUGGCCUCCAAAAACUUUUGAAAACAGAUGCUGCACAAGGAACAUUCCCACCAAACACUGUUCAGCUGCAUGGAUUAGCAAAUUGAUUUUAAUUGUUGAUUCAGUCCACAUUGUCAGUUUGAUCCAGUUUAGUGUUUCAAAUGAUUUCCAAAAAAUAAAGUCAAUUUUAAAUUUAUUUGAACAGAUAAUUUAAAAUGCAUCUAGAUCAAAUCUCUAAAUCAAAUAUUUGCACAACCCUUGUGCUCACUUUCCUUAAAGAGAACUAGUGGUAGGGAGAAGAUGCCUGGAAGUGAGUCACCUCACCCUUCCCAUACAGAUUAUCAGUUAGCAGGCAACUCUGUUUGCUAGUUUAGCUUUGCAGUGCAUAAAAUAUGCAAGAAUGCUGCAUAUUGACCAAUGGAUUUGGAUGUGAGACUCUUGAAAGCAUUGAUCAUUACUUACAUUGAUCAUUACUUAGAAUAAAGAUAAAUGCAAGGGGCAUCUGCACAUAGAAAUAGGCUUCUUGACAUGGAUUACAUUACUGGAUCAGGGUAAAUAUAUUUAGCAAUGCCAAUAAGUUAGGGUGAUUAAACAUGUAUAUGUCUUGUACAUGUACUACCUUUAUGGAGAACUUUUCUUCUUCUAUUGAAAUGAUUUGCGGAGACCAGGGUUCACUGUGACUAAAUAUUGUACAUCACAUGAGUUAUUUGUUUUCUGUCCAUUUUUAGAAGCUUAAAAUGAUUCAUUUGUUUUGUGUUGUUGAAGAUAAAGGUAACAAAAAUCUGUUCACAAUGUUCAUGUUCCUUUUGUAAGAUACUACAUUCCAUGUCUAGGUAGAAUGAGUUAGUGUAAAGUCUCACUAAAGUCAAUAUGAAAGGUUGACUUCAUCUUGGGAUAUCUGACCCUUGGGUUGGAUCUGUAGAGCACAUUUCUCUCAAGUCGCACAAUGUCAUAUUCCUGGUUGAUCCUGUAAUUGGGUCAUAGUCCUCUGUGACAUCACACCCAUCUUACUAGACUAUAAUGUCAUGACCAAAGAAUUAUGGCCUCUUGGUUUUAACAGGAGAAAGAGAUGGUUUAUAUUCUGGAUAAGAGGGUGAGAUUUGUGCAUUAAAGUAUCUUCCAGAAGGCACUGUGUAGGAUAAGAUUAAAAAAGAAUCCAUAUUGCUGUAGAGUUGAUGUGAUCACAUAUAUUUUAUAUAUUUAAAUUUUUAUCUAUGCUUCUAAACGUUUGGCAGCAUGAAAAGGGUCCUCUUUUAACAAUCAUUUUAAGAAUAUUAUAUUCUCUGAAAAGAAAAAAAAGUGUCAUUGGAAUUUAUUAUCAUAUUGGCUUUUUAGUUUAAAAUGAUAUUGACAGCAUGCCACAAGUGCAACUGCUGAACAAUAAGACCAAAAAGAAAAAAAAAAUCCAUAAAAUUUUACUAGGUUAUUUUGUACUAUAUUGCUGAAAUCAAUGAUUACUUUAUCAAUAGUAGUUUCUUUCCAGAUUGAAAUAAAAAUAAAGUUUUUAAAUAUUUUAUAACUAAUGAAUAUUUUAAUGUCCAAAUUGAUGCUUUCUGUAUCAGAUAUUAAAAAGUGAAGGGUUUAUAAGUGUGUAUAGUAGGUUGUUUAAGCAAGAUUAUUUAUGUUUUAUCAAUAUCAUUAACACGGGGACAGAUGUUUAAAUCCAUACUGCCACAUUGUGCAUAUGCAACAACUGAAAUGGGCAUGUGAUUCACCUGCUCAUGUGCACUCAUGACUCCUGUCAGAAAACUGUUACAAACAUAUUGAAGGAAUUUUUUUCAUUUCCCAAAAAGAAAAUGUUACUUAAUUUUUUUAAAAAAUGCACUUCUUUUCUCAAGAAAGAAAAUGUUGAAAUAGCUUAUUUGGAAAACCUGCAAAAUGUAUCCGUUCUUCUGCAGCACACCAGAUUUUGUUAUGUGGAAUGUCUUUAAAGAAUUGUCUGAGGACUUGUUCCCCAAAGGUAUAAUACACAACACACAACAUGUCCUGCAGAAGCUGCUGAAUCCCAACAAUCUCAACAGGUCUGCUAACAUGCCUGAUACUGAGGACUGCUGGGAGCUAUACUAUACAAAGGCCAUAAAUUGUAUACCUACGGUAUGUCCUAAGAAGUCUGGCCUGGUUCUAGAUUUGCGAUUACUCAGAAAUCCAUUGAGCACAGAGCAACCAGAUGUAAGUUGAGCAUUAUGUCUCCUUAGUUUGUUCUGACUUGCAGUUGAGCCUGAGAGAAAAAGCUUCAACUCUUCCCUUCUUCCCAGCUAAGUUCUUGCUCUCCAAUGGCUCCUUUCUACACGUUUCCUGCUUGUCCCCAUUUUGAUCACUGAUCCAGAGAAGAAAAGAUGGGUUUAUAUAUUCUCAACCAUUACCACAUAUCGUGUUCCCAAUUUAUUGCAGAUUAUCCUGUCAAGCACCUACUCCAUCCUCUCCUUCAUCUUGCAGUAUUAUCAACCCACCCGUCUCACCCAUGGAGCCUCCAAUGACAACAUGGAGAAUGGCUCUCUGAGAGUCUCUUUCCACUUGCUAGUCCACAACACAUGAAUAACUGAGAUGCACAUUUUUCCUCAGUGAUAGAACACAAGCAGGUAAAAAGGGUAGUGGAAUAUGCAUUGUUCUUGCUUGACAGAGUAUUUAUAAUGCUCUAUACAGCAUUACAAUGCUAUAAUGCUAAAAAUGACCUGGUUGCAGAUAUGCUAGCAGCAGCUUUAGAUAACUGCUUUUUUUUUGCCAUAAGAACUAACUCCAUCAGUAAAAUAAAAAUGGAAGAACUGACAUUGUGAUUUUGCUUUAUAAGAUCAAGACAUGCGUGGACAUCAUUAAGCAGCAAGCCCAGGUUUCAUAGAUUUGGCUUUGUUUUUGUUUUGUUUUUUUGUUUUUUUAAUUUGAUUUAUAUGCCGCCCUUCUCCAGAGACUCAGGGCGGCUUACAAUGCGCUAAGCAAUAGCGCAUUUGUGUCAUUUCUUCAUAUAGUUCUCCAAUUUCUCUUUUGCAUAAUAGAGUAAACCUGUUCCUAAGUUUGGUUUCACAUUCUGAUUUAACGUUUUUCAUAUCAUAUUUUACUGGCACACCAACUCUCUAUACUAUUUUUAAGUCUGACCCUUAUAUGUUACACUAAUAAUUCAUGGUUGGUUCUCGUGCACUGUUCUUGAAGUGCACUUAGAAGUGCCCAGGCUGACUAGAUAGUGUACUCUAUUAUAAACACUAUUUUAUUCCAGAGUUAUUCAUCCAAUAAUAUCCAUGUGUGUUGAGUUUCCAUUUAUGGUGGUUGAAGUAGGUGGGAGUGAUAAAAGAAAAAAAAAACUCCCUUGCCUUACUCUGUUGAGACAAUUGAAAACUUCAUAUGAUUUUUCAUUUUCUUUUACAUUGUCACUGCAGUUGCCUACUAGCAAUGUCACAGACUUUCUUGAUAUUACAACUAGCAUCUCAUGCAAUCUUCCAUAAAAUUUCUCAGCAUCUUUGUCUAAUUCAUCUAUAGUAAAUGCAUAUACUAAUGUGACAUUGAUGUUUAUGAAAUAGCCACUAAUUUAAUAUCUUUUAAUACUUAUAUGUCUUUUUACAUAUCACUGUCACUCCAGACACAGCCUGAAUAGAUUAUUGCAUAUCAUUUGUAUUUAAGUGGCAUUCUCCAGUCUACCUAAGUUUUCUUACUAAUAAAACAUUCAACUGGUACACUUCAUCUUCAUUUUGACAAUGUCAAGUUUUCUUUUGUUCCUGAUUCUCAUAUCCAGUAUUCUGAUUGCGAAUAAAGUGAAUAACUCCACUUUCAGUACUGGCACCAUCAAUACACAAAAAUUCCUUGCAAUUCUGAUGAGGCCACAUUUUCUGAUAUACUUCUUGAAGGUCUACACUCUUACCAGAACAAAUGGAACAUAUGACCCUUCAAAUCUGGUGAACUCAACUAAAUGUUAAAGCAAUGUUCAUGAGGUUUUAUUAGUUACAUAAUAUUACCUUGUUCUGGCCUUAAUUCUGGAAUUAUUUUUUCAAAUUUGAAAAAUAACACCUGUAACAUAUCUACCCAACCCUUUCCUUUCUAUGAAUCACUUAUAGCUUCAUUCCUUCUUCUUUUAAUUAUUUUGAUUCUAUCAAGAGUUUUUAAAUCCAAUCAGCAUCAGUCAUGGGGCCAUUUGAGCCAACUCACACAAAGCUGGCAAUUGCCCAGUAGAUUUACUUGCAAAGAAGGUGAUACUUGUUAUUCCAUGUGUAGGAAUUACCAAAGUAAUACUUGCUGGAAAUCACCCAUGCAUUCAUACCUGUGAACUUUAGGAAAAUUGAAAAUAAAAUCAGAGCUGAUUUCUUCCCAAGACAAGGUGUCCCAACCCUUUCAAGCUGUUUGAAGGCUCAUCUUUUUGUGAUAUGUCUGUGUAUGUAUUAUUCAAUCACGUUGAACAAGACAUCAGUUUAAAAGGUAAAUGAAUGCCUCUUCUGCAUGGAAGUGUGAAUUCUCCCUGUUAACAGUUCUGAUUUCCCAAGUUAUAGUUAUGGCAGAAAGGCAAAAGUAGUUUUAGCCACUUGGACUUCAUAGAAAGAUUUGCUGAAUGGGGAAAUUGUUUCUGAAAGCUUUCAGAUAUUUAUCAGUAACAGAAAAACUCAAAUAAUUCACCUCUUUUGAAAACACAGACAUGUCUGUUCCAUGUUUAAAAGGAUGCAUCUCCUGGAGAGAUUAUGUAGAUCCCCCUAACCAAAUGCUAUUUGAACAUUUUCUAUGCUCUACCGUUUUAAUGCGUGGAGGUUGAACAGUAUUAGCAAUGUGAACACAUUAAAAUGGCUGUAUUGAUAUAUGCAAUCCCUAUGACAUCUAAGUCAUGCAUAGAUAUCCACACGCUUACACUAAUUGUAUAUAUGGAAAAUAUUUGGUAUGCACUUAACUUUGCUUUACAUUUCUAAAAUUAAGCAUUCUAGUGUAGCAAUUUGUGUCAAGUGCACUGUGAUUUCAAGAAAGCACAGUAAGGUCACAGGUCUUGUUAAUUCUUGCACUAAAAAUGUGUUUACGUAUAUUAGCAAAUGUAUGUUUUUUGCUCUUUUUUCUUAAUUUUUAACUGAUGGUAUUAAAUAAUGUUUGUUUGUUUUUCUUUUUUACAGGGGCCAAAGGCCCAACCUUUAUAAGUGACAGGGUUUUUAAAUAAAAUGAAACCAUAACAUGUCCAUUCCAUUGUAAUAUGUUUACCAAUACUUUAAAACUGAAUGUCAUCUUAUUUUCCAUGUUUCAUUAGAAAUGUCAGGUACUUACCUGAAAUGUGUAUGAAGUAGAUAGAUAAUAACUGUAAUCAUAUAUUAACCAUUUCUAUAUACACAGUAUGAAUACAUAUUAAUUUCUUUUCAUUUUUGUACUUGAUUUUUUUUAGGUAAGAUGUAAUUAAAUGUACUUUGAUACUUUUCAAGUAAUAAGAUGUUGUUUGAAAACCAGUUUUGCUUUCUUUUAGUGCAUUGAUAAUAUUUUAUAAUAACUUAUUGUUUAUUUAUUUGUGCACCAGUGUAAUUAUAAUAAAAGCAAUAGUUUAAAUAUUCA